UGUUCUCCAGCACCACUGGUUCCCAUAGACGGCGAGAGUGGAGCAACACUGGCUAGAAACAUCACGCAACCAACCACAACACACUUCCAGAGCCGCUAAAGAAAGAAAAAUAAAUCAAAAACAAGGCCCGUCUAGCCUAAGCAGUCAUGUCGGCCAAAGCCAUCUCCGAGCAGACGGGAAAGGAGUUCCUCUACAAGUACAUCUGCACAUCGGCAACUGUCCAGAACAGAUUCCGCUAUGCCAACGUGACAGCUGAGACCGACUUUGACCGACUGGCGCAAGAGCACCCGUGGCUGCUCACAGAUAGGCUGGUGGUGAAGCCAGACCAGCUAAUCAAGAGGCGAGGGAAGCUGGGCCUGGUCGGUGUCAACCUGGACCUGAGCGGCGUCAGGGAGUGGCUGAAGUCCCGCCUCAUGAAAGAGACGACAGUGGGAAAAGCUAAGGGUGUUCUCAAGAACUUCCUCAUCGAGCCAUUUGUCCCCCAUAAACAGGAGGAGGAGUUCUAUGUGUGCAUCUACGCCACCCGGGAGGGCGACUAUGUGCUGUUUCACCAUGAGGGAGGGGUAGAUGUGGGAGAUGUGGAUGCCAAGGCAAAAAAGCUGCUAAUUGGGGUGGAUGAAAAGAUCAGUGAAGAUUCUGUGAAGAAAGAGCUGCUGACCCACGUCCCCAACGACAAGAAAGCGCUCCUGGCUAGCUUCAUUGUUGGGCUCUUCAACCUGUAUGAGGACCUGUUCUUCACAUACCUGGAGAUCAAUCCAGUGGUGGUCACAAAAGAUGGAGUUUACGUGCUGGACAUGGCAGCCAAGAUUGAUGCCACAGCUGACUAUAUCUGCAAGGCCAAGUGGGGCGAUGUGGAGUUCCCUCCACCCUUCGGCAGGGAGGCCUAUCCUGAGGAGGCCUACAUUGCCGACCUUGAUGCCAAGAGUGGUGCCAGUCUCAAACUGACCCUGCUCAACCCUAGAGGCAGGAUCUGGACCAUGGUAGCGGGAGGAGGUGCCUCAGUGGUGUACAGUGACACUAUCUGUGACCUGGGUGGUGUCAACGAGCUGGCCAAUUAUGGGGAGUAUUCAGGAGCACCAAGCGAACAGCAGACCUAUGACUAUGCCAAGACUAUCCUGUCUCUGAUGUGCAGAGAAAAGCACCCUGAUGGAAAGGUUUUGAUCAUUGGGGGAAGCAUUGCAAACUUCACAAAUGUUGCAGCAACAUUUAAGGGGAUUGUUCGAGCUAUCAGAGACUAUCAGGGGCCACUAAAGGAGCAUGAAGUCACUAUUUUUGUCCGCCGUGGAGGCCCCAACUACCAGGAAGGUCUCAGAGUGAUGGGAGAAGUUGGCAAGACCACUGGAAUCCCCAUCCAUGUCUUUGGCACAGAAACUCACAUGACUGCCAUUGUUGGCAUGGCACUGGGCCACCGGCCAAUCCCCAACCAGCCUCCUGUUGCAGCCCACACUGCCAAUUUCCUCCUCAACUCCAGCGGCAGCACAUCGACCCCAGCAUCCAGCAGAACUGCUUCUUUCUCUGAAAACAGAGCCAGAGUUGAUAGCUCACCAGCCAAGAAGGCCAAAACUGGAGCUCCUAUUGCCAAGGCAACUACCCUCUUCAGCAAACACACCAAGUCCAUAGUGUGGGGUAUGCAGACUCGGGCAGUACAGGGUAUGCUGGACUUUGACUAUGUCUGCUCCAGAGAUGAGCCAUCUGUCGCAGCCAUGGUCUACCCAUUCACUGGAGACCACAAACAGAAGUACUAUUGGGGCCAUAAAGAGAUCCUCAUCCCUGUGUAUAAGAACAUGAGUGACGCCAUGAAGAAGCAUCCAGAUGUGGAUGUGCUUAUCAACUUUGCCUCUUUGCGUUCAGCCUUUGAUAGCACUAUGGAGACCAUGCAGUACCAACAGAUUCACACCAUUGCCAUCAUCGCUGAGGGAAUCCCUGAAGCCCAUACCAGGAAGAUCAUCAAGGCCGCAGAUGAGAAGGGUGUUACAAUCAUUGGACCAGCAACCGUUGGAGGAAUCAAACCAGGCUGUUUCAAGAUCGGAAACACAGGAGGCAUGCUGGAUAACAUCCUCGCCUCCAAGCUCUAUCGUCCAGGCAGUGUGGCCUACGUGUCCCGCUCAGGCGGCAUGUCCAAUGAGCUCAACAACAUAAUCUCCCGCACCACCGAUGGUGUUUUUGAAGGUGUGGCCAUUGGUGGGGACAGAUACCCAGGCUCGGUGUUUACCGACCAUGUUCUCCGCUACCAUGACAGUCCUGGAGUAAAGAUGAUUGUUGUACUGGGAGAGAUUGGAGGCACAGAGGAGUACAAGAUCUGCCAGGCUAUUAAACAGGGCAGGAUCACAAAGCCAGUGGUGUGCUGGUGUAUUGGCACCUGUGCCACUAUGUUCUCGUCAGAGGUUCAGUUCGGCCACGCAGGAGCCUGUGCCAACCAGGCCUCUGAGACAGCAGUAGCUAAGAACAAUGCUCUGAAGGAGGCUGGUGCCUUUGUCCCCAAGAGCUUUGAUGAGCUGGGAGAGAUCAUCAAAUCUGUUUAUGAUGACCUUGUUGCCAAAGGAGUUAUCCAGCCAGCCGAAGAGAUGCCUCCUCCCACUGUGCCAAUGGAUUACUCUUGGGCACGAGAGCUGGGUCUGAUUCGUAAACCUGCUUCCUUCAUGACCAGUAUCUGUGACGAGAGGGGUCAGGAGCUCAUCUACGCAGGCAUGCCCAUCACUGAGGUCUUCAAGUCGGAAAUAGGCCUGGGAGGAACUCUGGGGCUUCUCUGGUUCCAGAGGAGGUUGCCGAGGUAUGCCUGCCAGUUCAUCGAGAUGUGCCUGAUGGUGACUGCUGAUCACGGCCCUGCUGUUUCUGGUGCCCACAACACCAUUGUCUGUGCUCGAGCUGGCAAAGAUCUCAUCUCCAGCCUCACCUCUGGCCUCCUCACCAUCGGUGACCGCUUUGGAGGUGCUCUGGAUGCUGCAGCAAAGCAGUUCAGCAAGGCAUUUGAUAGUGGCUUGCUGCCCAUGGAGUUUGUCAACAAGAUGAAGAAAGACGGCAAGCUGAUCAUGGGCAUUGGACACAGAGUCAAGUCAAUUAACAAUCCAGACAUGAGAGUCCAGAUCCUGAAGGACUUUGUGAAGCAGCACUUCCCCUCCACCCAGCUGCUGGACUACGCUCUAGAUGUAGAGAAGAUCACCACAUCCAAAAAACCCAACUUAAUCCUGAAUGUGGAUGGUUUCAUCGGUGUGGCCUUUGUGGACUUGCUCAGGACUUGUGGUGGUUUUACACGGGAUGAAGCUGAUGAGUUUGUGGAAAUUGGAGCUCUGAAUGGCAUCUUUGUCCUGGGACGCAGCAUGGGAUUUAUUGGACACUACCUGGAUCAGAAGAGACUGAAGCAGGGUCUGUAUCGCCACCCCUGGGAUGACAUCUCCUAUGUGCUCCCAGAACACAUGUCCAUGUAAUCAGAGGUUACUAGACUAACCCAGAGUGUCAGCCCUCAUACUGCUGCUCACUCCAGCCAUCAAUUCCGCGCCCAUACUGUGAUCUGUGACCCCCGAAGCAGUGGCAUAAUAUAAAGUUGCUAUUAAUAUAGCUGCAAAUUGCAAAUAUUGAAAAGAAGACUUUUAAGAGUAUGUUUUAGUUUUGGAAACCUGUUAGUGCUGCAGCUCUGUGAAUAUUCUACUACUCGCAGACUAUUGUGUCUCUGUGCAGCUCUCUUCAUUGUGCCACUUGAGAAUCAUCAGCUUGCUACAAGGGGUGAACAUGUAGUGCAAUAAUGCCUAUAAUAUGAGAACAUACUGUAGAUCAGAGCUUUAUUUAUGUAUAGGUGUAUUGAUGGUGAAAACUAAAUGAUACAAUGUUAUGUUAUAAUUUUGAAUUUUCUCUAAUGUUUUUGACACAGUGGCCAAAAUGAAACAUUAGUCUGCUUAAAGUGGCAAACGGGACCAUUUUACGAGUCAUUCCUGAAGCUGUUGUGCCCAGGAAAUAUUCUUUCUCUGGUGGAAAAUGUGGGAGUAUUUUCUAAAAGGGUUUAAAUGGAAGUUGAGUGUUGUUAGUCAUAAGAACAAAAAAAUAAAUAUGGAAUUGUGAUGUUUUGUCUUAAUGCAGUUAUUAAAGUAUAUUAGGGCAUUUUUGCCAUAAGCUCCAGGAUGCAGUUACACUACCAUCUUCUAUGAGAAGAUAGCUAUGAAAAAGUGUUAACAUGAAUGCACUAAUCCCAUUACAAUAAGAUUAAUUAUUAUUAGAAUAUUUCUGUGUCACAACUAGACAGCAAAUAAUUUUAGCUGGUAAAUGCCAUUUUAUAUUUUCACGUAUAUUUUCACAUCAUUCAUAUGUAAGGCAUAUUAGUCUUCAUAUUUUUUUUAAAUUGAGAUUGUUGCAUCCUGCUGUUUCAUUUCUCUGUUAAAGUAGGAUAUUUAAAGGUCAUUACAUACCCAAUGUUGAACAUGUUGCUCCACCUAUUACUCACUGACUUUUUUUAUUUGAACAAAAUCAAUUACUAUGACAGACAGCAUACCUUAGGAAAUUUGACACACCUUUCAAUAGAGAGAAACUGUAUGUCUGCUCAUAAUCAUUAGACUCUGAAUGCAGUACAAAACUCUCUCCUUCAAUUUUCUAUGAAAUUAAAGACAAUUUUACAUUUUCCCACAAUUUAUGAGGUCCAAAAUAAAAUGUGUGGCAGCCAUCGCCAGUGUCAUCGUUUAUGUGAAUGUUACAAAACUGUGGAAAAAUUCUUUGGACAACCAGACAUCUCAUGCAAUGUUUGUUUUUAACUGUUUAAAUGUGAACUGAACGUGCCUCUGUACUGAUUUGUUGUUUGUUGACAAUGGUGUAAUUGAGUAAAAUAAAAUGUAAUUAAUGUAAUAAUA